CUAGUCCUUCGCGUUUCGAGUGCUAGGUCUUUUUGUCCCUUACUGCUUGCCGUGUCAGUUUCCGUGCGGAAGUGGUGGCCGUGAGAGAAGAAGAUGGCGGCUACUGUGGUGGCGCCGCCUGGUCCGGUGCCUGGUCGAGCCAACAAGCGCAGCGGCAGCGGACAGGGUGGCGGCGGCGGCGGCGGGGGGGCAGCCAGAGGGGCAGAGGAGGAACCGCCGCCGCCCCUACAAGCAGUUCUGGUGGCCGACAGCUUCAACCGCCGUUUCUUCCCUAUCUCCAAGGACCAGCCUCGGGCCCUCUUGCCCCUGGCCAAUGUGGCACUAAUUGACUACACUCUGGAAUUUCUGACUGCCACAGGUGUACAGGAAACCUUUGUCUUUUGUUGCUGGAAGGCUGCUCAAAUCAAGGAACAUUUACUGAAAUCCAAGUGGUGUCGCCCUACAUCCCUCAAUGUGGUUCGAAUAAUAACAUCAGACCUAUAUAGAUCACUGGGGGACGUUCUCCGUGAUGUUGAUGCUAAGGCUUUGGUGCGCUCUGACUUCCUUCUGGUGUAUGGGGAUGUCAUCUCUAACAUCAAUGUCACCAGAGCCCUGGAAGAACACAGGUUAAGACGGAAGCUAGAAAAAAAUGUAUCUGUGAUGACGAUGAUCUUCAAGGAGUCAUCCCCCAGCCACCCAACUCGUUGCCAUGAGGACAACGUGGUAGUGGCUGUGGAUAGUGCCACAAACCGGGUUCUCCAUUUCCAGAAGACCCAAGGCCUCCGACGUUUUUCUUUUCCUCUGAGCUUAUUCCAGGGCAGUGGAGAUGGAGUGGAGAUUCGCUAUGAUCUACUGGACUGUCAUAUCAGCAUCUGCUCUCCUCAGGUGGCUCAACUCUUUACUGACAACUUCGACUACCAAACCCGAGAUGACUUUGUGCGAGGCCUGUUAGUAAAUGAGGAGAUCUUAGGCAACCAGAUCCACAUGCAUGUGACUACUAAGGAAUAUGGUGCCCGGGUCUCCAACCUACACAUGUAUGCUGCUGUCUGUGCUGAUGUCAUCCGCCGAUGGGUCUACCCUCUCACCCCAGAGGCGAACUUCACUGAUAGCACAACUCAGAGCUGCACUCACUCCCGGCACAACAUCUACCGAGGGCCUGAGGUCAGCCUGGGCCAUGGCAGCGUCCUGGAGGAAAAUGUGCUCCUGGGCUCUGGCACUGUCAUUGGCAGCAAUUGCUCCAUCACCAACAGUGUCAUUGGCCCCGGCUGUCACAUUGGUGAUGAUGUGGUGCUGGAUCAGGCCUUCCUGUGGCAGGGCGUCCGAGUGGCUGCUGGAGCACAAAUCCAUCAGUCUCUGCUCUGUGAUAAUGCUGAGGUCAAGGAAAAAGUUAUACUGAAGCCACACUGUGUCCUCACUUCCCAGGUGGUAGUAGGUCCAGAUAUUACUCUGCCUGAGGCCUCGGUGAUCUCUUUGCACCCUCCAGAUGCAGAGUAUGAUGAAGAUGAUGGUCAGUUCAGUGAUGACUCAGGGGCUGACCAAGAAAAGGAGAAGGUGAAGCUGAAAGGUUACAAUCCAGCCGAAGUUGGAGCUGCAGGCCAGGGCUACCUCUGGAAAGCUGCAGACAUGAACACGGAAGAAGAGGAGGAACUACAGCAGACCCUUUGGGGACUUAAAAUCAAUGUGGAAGAAGAGAGUGAAACUGAAAGUGAGCGAAGUAUGGAUUCUGAGGAGCUAGACAGCCGGACAGGCUCCCCACAGAUGGAUGAUGUCAAAGUAUUCCAGAAUGAAGUCUUAGGAACACUACAACGGGGCAAGGAGGAGAACAUUUCUUGUGACAAUCUAGUCCUAGAGAUCAACUCUCUCAAGUACGCCUACAAUAUAAGCCUAAAGGAAGUGAUGCAGGUACUGAGCCACGUGGUCCUGGAAUUCCCUUUGCAACAGAUGGAUUCCCCGCUUGACGCAAACCGCUACUGUGCCCUGCUGAUUCCCCUGCUCAAGGCCUGGAGCCCUGUUUUUAGGAACUACAUAAAGCGUGCAGCUGAUCAUUUGGAGGCAUUGGCAGCCAUUGAGGACUUCUUCCUGGAGCAUGAAGUUCUUAGUACUUCCAUGGCCAAGGUAUUGAUGGCUUUCUACCAGCUGGAGAUCCUGGCUGAGGAAACAAUCCUGAGCUGGUUCAGCCAAAGGGAUAUAACUGACAAGGGCCGGCAGUUGCGCAAGAACCUGCAGCUGCAGAGGUUCAUCCAGUGGCUAAAAGAGGCAGAAGAGGAGUCAUCUGAAGAUGACUGAAGUCGAACUGCCUGCUCCUGUGGGUGUGGUUGAUUGUCCUCCUGGUUUCUGGGCCAGGGCAAGUAAGAGGCUAGUUGCAGAAAGUUGAGUGACCACCGUCUGAGCUGAGACUUACAGGAGCAGAGGCUGGAACUACAGUAUUCUUCCCACCGCCAGCAACUAUGUGCCUCCCAUCCUUACUGGGGAGUUGGGAUGAGGGAAGUUGGGCUGGAUAACAGCUCUGCCUAAGGAGGAACUAGGCAGGCCCUGCAGUUAGAGGAAGGCUGGAGGAAAAGCUUUGUGCUCUGGUUUCCCCUCAGGAAAUAGCAGAGAGCAGUUGGCCCUCUCUGCUGCUUGUAUUUGUUAAUAUUAAAAAACAGAGAGGGGUAUAUUUGGUUUCUCUCCUA